AUGGGUUGCUGUCAAACCAAAAAGGAAGUUGUAGAAGGGUUAAAAGAAGGUAAUAUAUGUAAAACAAAUAAUGUGAAAAAUAAUUUACCGUUGAUACUCAGCGAAUAUAAGUAUUCAGAAUUAAAUAGAGAGAUAGACUUCUAAGUAGUGUGCAUUACAAAACCAGAUUUAUCUUAUAUUAUAAGAAUUGAUAAUACAUAAUUAGAAACAUGGACUCUGUACAAUUUAGAAGUAAAAAUUAUAGAGGACCUAAAGGAUUACAUGAUUGAAUCGUUUAGGUUUGCAUAAAUGAAAGAUAUACAAAAGUCCUUUUAUUGUUAGAAAAUGAUUUAGUUUAUGGAUUUGCUUCCCAUCUAUAUAGAAUUAAGCGUUGAUGAGACAAUGGAAUAUAUUCAAGUUGAAAUUCCUCAUUCAAAUCAUGUAAUUAACAUACCAUAUGAUAAUAACACAACCAUAAAAUCUAUUAAGAAAAAGAUAUGUCAACAAUUUUAAUUCUAAAAUAAAAAUUUUGAGCUACUUCAUCAAGGAGAAGCGCUACUUAUAGAUGAUAUGAGUUUGCAAGAUUGUAAAAUUUAACCUGGAAGCAAAAUAAUAGUUUAAGAAUAUACAAAUUAAAAUGCUCCACCUCCUUUACAUGUACUGAUAAAUAAUAAACGAUAUUCUAGCAAUCUAGAAAUACCUAAUAUGAUAAAGAGAAUGGGUACUCUUGAAAUAUCUUAGGAUUUAACUAUUAACAAUAUCACAAAAAUAUAAACUAAGUUAAUGGAAGAAGAUUAGACUCAAGAAAUUCUUGAUAAUUUUGAAGUUAUUUCUACAAAGAGCUAAGAUUUUCAUAAUAUGCAUAAAGAAGGAUCUACAAAAUUCCUUUAAAAUUCGGAAAGUAAAUAGCCUCUUUUUAGCUAAAAAAAAAUAAGCUCAAAGAAAAAUAUCAGCAAUUUGGAAAUAUUUAUAAAAGAAAAUAAAUAGUAUGAUACUUUUCAUGUUAAUUAAGGAGUAAAUAUUCUUACAGAAUGUGUAAAUAAUCUCUGUAAUUAAUAUAAAAUAAAACAAAUGCUGUAACUAAAUUUUGGAGAGUUUUUUAUAAAUGCAUAAGAUUAAGAAUUACUUUUAUAGUGCAUAUCUUGUUAAAAAACUGUUCAAAUAGAUGAGUUGUUGUUUUAUAAGUGUAGUUACAUAGUCUCAGGUAUUUACAAACUUAAAAAUACUGAGGACAAAAGCUAAUAAAUAUAUAAGUAAAAUGAUUGUUAGUACAUAAAUACUAAAGGAGAUAGUAUAGAGAAUUAUGACUUUUUGCCAUAAGAAAGAGAGUGGAAAAGCAUCAGAAUAAGAGCCUAUAAACAUAAAAAAAACAAAUUUUGGUGCUGCUUUUGCACAAAAAAUAUUAACCAACAAAGAGAUAACUUAAUUAAACUGACAUGUCAUCAUUAAUACCACGAAGCAUGUAUCUAAAAGCUGAAGGCUUUGGAUUCUACUUGUGUGAUGUGCGUAUUUUGA